GUGAAGGGAAGGAGGUGGGGGAAGGAGGUUGUCACCAUCCAUCCCAUUAAGUUAAGGUGACUUUGGUUUCAGGACAUUUGGUAUCUUUUCCUUUCUUUUCUCCACUUCUUCAGAAGAAGAGAAUGAACUUUGGGCCAUGAGGGUCUCACUGUUCUUGGUCUUCCUGUCUCUCUCUUGCGGUGCUUCUCAGCUGUUAGACACCAAACAAUUUUUAAUCUACAAUGAAGACCACAAGCGCUGUGUGAAUGCAAUAAGUGCCACUGCUGUUCAAACAGCCCCAUGCAAUCCAGAGAGUGAAUCACAAAAAUUUCGCUGGGUGUCUGACACCCAGCUGAUGAGUGUUGCAUUAAAAUUGUGCUUGGGAGUGUCCUCCAAGAGUGACUGGAUUCAGGUUACUCUCUUUCCCUGUGAUUCAAAAAGUGACCUUCAGAAAUGGGAAUGCAAAAAUGACACCCUUUUUGGAAUCAUCGGAGAAGAUUUAUAUUUUAACUAUGGAAACAAACAAGAAAAGAAUAUUAUGCUUUACAAAGGAUCGGGGCUGUGGAGCAGAUGGAAGAUCCAUGGAACUAGUGAUGACUUGUGCUCACGAGGCUAUGAAGAAAUGUAUACAUUACAGGGAAAUUCCAAUGGAGCCCCAUGUGUGUUCCCUUUCAAGUUUGAAGACAAGUGGUACGCUGACUGUACUUCUACGGGCAGAUCUGAUGGCUGGCUCUGGUGUGGGACUACGUCUGAUUAUCAAACAGACAGACUAUUUGGGUUCUGUCCGCUGAAAUUUGCUGGCAGUGAGAGUUUAUGGACUAAAGAUCCAUUGACGGGUAUCUUCUACCAGAUAAAUUCUAAGUCAGCUUUGACUUGGCAUCAAGCAAGAAAGAGCUGCCAACAGCAAGGAUCAGAGCUAGUGAGCGUCACAGAAGUACAUGAACAUACAUACCUGACAGGUUUGACUAAUUCAUUUACCACAGGGCUCUGGAUUGGACUUAACAGUUUAAGUUUCAAUAGUGGAUGGCAAUGGUCUGACUUUAGUCCUUUCAGAUUCCUGAACUGGCUUCCAGGAAGUCCAGCACUUGAACCUGGGAAAAACUGUGUACUCUUGAAUCCUGCAAAAAAUGCCAAAUGGGAAAAUGUGGAAUGCUCUCAGAAAUUUGGGUAUAUCUGCAAAAAGGGGAACAGCUCAUUGAAUUCAUUCAUCAUUCCCUCAGAAAGUGAUGUUCCUAUCGCCUGUCCAAGCCAAUGGUGGCCCUAUGCAGGUCACUGUUACAAAAUUAAUAGAGAACUCAAAAUACAAAAAGAUGCCUUAACUGCCUGCAGAAAGGAAGGAGGAGAUCUGGCUAGCAUCCACAGUAUAGAGGAAUUUGACUUUAUUUUUUCCCAGUUGGGAUAUGACAACUCAGAUAUACUGUGGAUUGGGUUAAAUGAUCUCAGGAUUCAAAUGUAUUUUGAAUGGAGUGAUGGGACCCCUGUAACCUUCACCAAAUGGUUGCCUGGAGAGCCAAGUCAUGCAAACAACAGGCAGGAAGAUUGCGUCGUGAUGAAGGGAAAAAAUGCGUACUGGGCCGAUCACCCCUGUGAGAGUCAUUUUGGUUACAUCUGCAAGUCGAAACCACUCUCCAAGCCACCUGUAGUGGAAGAAGAACAAGGAUGCAAGAAGGGAUGGAAAAGACAUGGCCUUUACUGUUAUAUGAUUGGGCAAACACUUUUCAACAUUUGCAGAAGCAAACCAGACCUGCUUAAUCAGAAGGCUUAUCUAGCUACUGUGGAAGACAGAUAUGAACAAGCCUUUUUGACCAGUUUUGUUGGACUGAGGCCUGAAAAAUAUUUUUGGAUUGGACUCUCAGAUGUAGAAAACAAAGGGACAUUUAAGUGGACCAUCGAUGAAAUUGUCCAGUUUACACACUGGAAUUCACUUAUGCCUGGACGAAAGACAGGUUGUGUUGCCAUGAAAACUGGGAUUGCAGGUGGAUUAUGGGAUGUUCUGAAAUGUGAAGAGAAAGCAAAAUUUGUCUGCAAACACUGGGGCAGAGGAGUAACACCUCCACCAGUACCCACAACCACUCCUGCCUCCAAAUGUCCAGAUGGAUGGAUUUCCAGUAAUAAAAUAAACAUGUGUUUCAAGGUUUUCGACAAAAGCAAAUACCAUAAGAAAACAUGGUUUGAUGCUCGUGACUUUUGUAGAGCAAUAGGCGGGGAUCUUGCCAGUAUCACCAGUAAAGAAGACCAAGUUACAAUAUGGCAGAACAUAGGUACUUCAAAUUACCAUGAUGUCUUUUGGCUGGGGUUGACGAUCGCAAAUACUGAUGAAGGAUUUACCUGGUCUGAUGGUUCCUUAGUGACAUAUGAAAACUGGUCCUAUGGAGAACCGAAUAAUUAUGACAACAUUGAAUUUUGUGGCGAGUUGAAAGCUGAUCCUAGCAUGCGCUGGAAUGAUAUUAACUGUGAACUUCUUCGCAACUGGAUUUGCCAUAUCAGAAAAGGAGAUGAGCUGAAACCGGAGCCAACACCUUCCCCUGAAAGCAACCCCUCAGUCACUGAAGAUGGAUGGGUGAUCUACAAAGAUUACCAGUACUAUUUCAGCAAAGAGAAAAGCACAAUGGAAGAUGCACGGGCAUUCUGCAAGAAGAAUUUUGGAGACAUAGUUACCAUAACGGGUGAAAGUGAAAAAAAGUUUCUGUGGAGAUAUGUUUCCAAACUUGAUGUGGAAACCACAUAUUUCAUUGGCUUACUCCUCAGUCUGGAUAAGAAGUUUAUAUGGAUGGAUGGUAGUAAAGUGAACUAUGUGUCUUGGGCUCCAGGUGAACCCAAUUUUGCCAAUGAUGAUGAAAACUGUGUAGUCUUAUAUUCCUCUUCUGGGCUUUGGAAUGACAUUAACUGUGGUUUUCCGAAUGCCUUUAUCUGCCAGCGACAUAACAGUAGUAUCAAUACCACUGCUUCUCCCACACCAGCUCCACUCCCAGGAGGAUGUCGGGGGGGUUGGACAUUUUUCCAAAACAAGUGCUAUAAGGCCUUUGGAUUUAAAGGAGAAGAGAGAAAAAGUUGGCAAAAUGCACGUAAAGAUUGCCAGAGUUUUGGAGGGAAUCUGGUUUCUAUACACAGUGGAAAAGAACAAGCGUUCCUCACCACUCUGCUGAGAGAGUCUACUCAUGACAGCUGGAUUGGAAUGAAUGACAUCAAUUCAGAGAACAAGUUCCUUUGGACAAAUGGCCGAGGAGUCCAGUAUACAAAUUGGGCAAAAGGUUUUCCUGCUGGACGAAGAAGUCUCCUUUCCUAUGAAGAUGUUGAUUGUGUAGUUACUGUUGGAGGUACCUCAUUGGAGGCAGGAAAAUGGAUUGACGAAAUCUGUGAAAAUGAAAAAGGUUAUAUAUGCCAGUCUGAUUCUGAUCCUUCUCUGCCUCAUUCUGUGACACCGGCAUCUGGGGACUUCAAACCAUUUGGUGACAGUAGCUAUUCUAUCAUGACAAUGAAAAUGACAUGGAAAGAUGCAGCAGAAUAUUGCAAGGAUAAGUCUUCCCAGAUUGCCAGCAUCUUGGAUCCCUAUAUCAAUGCAUUUGUAUGGCUGGAAAUGCAGAAGCACAACGAACCUAUCUGGAUUGGUCUAAACAGCAACUUGACUCAAGGUGAAUAUGCAUGGAUUGAUAAAUGGAGAAUGAGAUACACAAAUUGGGGUGCUGGGGAACCUCAAGUGAAAUCAGGUUGUGUCUACAUGGAUCUUGAAGGAUUCUGGAAGACAUCACCUUGUAAUGAAACUUACCAAUUUCUCUGCAAAAAAUCAGAUGUAAAGCCUGCCACAGAGCCUCCACAAUUACCUGGCAGAUGCCCCGAUUCGGAACAAAAUGCUUGGAUCCCUUUCCAUCGCCAUUGUUACUAUAUUGAAUCUUCCUCUUCAAGAAGCUGGGGCCAAGCUUUGCUGGAAUGUAGCCGAAUGGGUGCAAGUUUGGUUUCCAUUGAGUCAGCUGUGGAAUCUAUGUUUUUGACAUAUAAGGUUGAACCACUUAAAAGCAAAACCAAUUUUUGGAUAGGAAUGCUUAGAAAUGUAGAAGGGAACUGGCUUUGGAUAAACAACGAUGCAGUAUCAUUUGUCAACUGGAAAACGGGAGAACCCUCUAGUGAUCGCAAUGAAGAUUGCGUGGAGCUCUAUUCUUCAAAUGGUCUAUGGAACAACCUUUACUGCUCUUCCUACAAAGGCUAUAUUUGUAAAAGAGAAAAAAUUGUUGAUGCUGAACCUACUCAGGCAUUGGCAAAAACAAACGCUGGACCAGAGACUAGGAAAGCCUCCAGGUCUCACAAUUCGACUGGAGUCAUCGUGGUUGUGGUGCUCCUAAUUAUGACAGGAGCUGCUGGUGCUGCAUAUUUCUUUUACAAGAAGAGACAGGUCCAAGUGCCACAAGAAGCAAACUUUGACAACACCCUCUAUUUUAAUACAGGAUCCACUCCAGGAGCUAGUGACACAAAGGAUCUCAUGGGCAACAUUGAACAGAAUGAACGUGCUCUCAUUUAGUGAAAUAACAUAAGGACGUUUAUCUAUUAUUGUUUAAUAAAUUACCAAAUUCUGGAGAAUUUUGGAGAAAACUUCCCCAAACCUUGAGCCAAAGUGAUUGUUUCCAUGUGAAAUUGCAUUAUUCAGUUUUGUACUGUCUGUCUCCUCCCAGCCCUUUGCACACUGGUGGAAUAGUUGUUCCUUUCCUAGGUCUGUCAAGAUCUUUUCUCAAGAGAGUAAGUAUAAAAUGCUUAAAAAUUAGGUUUACUAUAUUGGCCCGGUUUAAUGGUUAUUGGUCUCUUCCUAAAAUAUGACUAUAAGAAGGGCUGUUAGAUUCAUGUAAAUCACACACACACACACACACACACACACACACACACACACACACGCCUCAUACACCUUAUAGGGCUCUUAGUGAAAGCACACACCUAAUUCUGCUGAAAUUCUGCAAUCUUCCAGGAGAAAAGGGUGAUUGGGUUGUAUUUCAUGUCAACAUUCCAUAAUCAGAAGAAUUGAAAGAAUUGCAAUUUAGAUCAUUUUAGGGAUGUAAAAAUGCAGGUAUGUUCCUUUUGGGGCAGUUUUCAUUAUUAAUAGUCAUCUCAUUAGUAUUGUAUAAUUUUGAGUUGUAUUUUUUAUCUGAGAAAACAUGGUUUUACAAUGUGAAUGCUGAAAAUUUUAUAACUUUUGUCUGGAGUAAUUUUAAAAACAUUUUCCUCAGGUGUCAGUGGGUAUGAAACAAAUUCUUAAACAUUUGCUUCAUCCGAUCUUUUGAAGUGAUAUGAAAUAAAGAGCCCCAAUAAGGUCUAUUUUUAAAA